GUUUUCAUUGAGAGAGAAGAAAAAAAACAGAGAAUGAGCAGAAGAAAGGGUUCUGGGUUUUCAUCUGCUUCAACUGCUGAACAAGUUACUGAAGGAAUCGAUGCCACUGCCCUCACUGCUAUUGUUACAGGUGCAACGAGUGGUAUUGGUGUUGAGACUGCUCGUGUUCUUGCGAUGCGUGGUGUUCAUGUAAUUAUGGGAGUCAGAAAUUUGGUUACUGCAAAAGAUGUGAAAGAAGGAAUACUUAAAGAGAUUCCUACUGCUAAACUUGAUUACAUGGAGUUAGACCUUAGUUCAGUGACAUCUGUUCGAAAUUUUGCAUCAAACUUCAUUUCAUCUGGCCUUCCAUUGAACAUUCUUGUAAACAAUGCAGGAAUAUAUGGAACCCCUUUCACGCUGUCUGAGAACAAUAUUGAACUGCAAUUUGCUACGAAUCAUAUAGGCCAUUUUCUUUUAACAAAUCUGUUGUUAGAUACUAUGAAGAAAACAACACAUGAAAGUAAGCGAGAAGGAAGAAUCGUUAAUGUCGCCUCUUGUGCUUAUCGAUUAUCCUAUCGUGGAGGAAUCCGUUUCGAUAAAAUUAAUGAUGAAUCAAGUUAUAGCAAGUUUUGUGCAUAUGCUCAGUCAAAGCUUGCU